AACAAGACUCGUCUGACAGCUGAGUCUCUCUUCGGGAAUUUUAAAUGCAAAUCCUCUGACUUUUAGGUACACAAUGGGCUUGGUGCGUCAGGCAAGUGGGCUCCCUUGCUGCCGGCGUCCCUUCCGUAAUUUUGUGUACCUGCUGUCAUGGAUUGGAGCCUUCAUCUGCGGGAGCCUGCUGACCCUCAUGUCCGUGGAUCCAAUGAGCUGCAACAUCCACCAGUGCACAGAAAAGAUCAAGCGCAUUGAUGUGGAGGACUCGAACAGUUGGCUGGGCAUGUGGGGCCAGAAUGCCAAGGGCCCGGGCAAGAGUGUGUUCCUGGUGAUCAUAGUGAUAUCAGCGCCAGGCAAUUCUGAGCAGAGGGACACCAUCAGGCAGACAUGGCUAAGUGAAGAGAAGUCAGACACGCUUCACUACUUUGUCAUUGGAACCGGGAGCCUCAGCGAGAACGUCAAUGUCACCAUUCAGUCGGAACAGAGGAGGUUCGGAGAUCUGCUGCUCCUGAACAAUGUUAUUGACUCCUACAGCGCCCUGACAAAGAAGCUUUUGGCAUCGCUGGUUUAUGUCCACUACAAUGUCAAGUUUAGGUUCCUCAUGAAAUGCGACGAUGAUUCAUACGUUCAGAUCCCACAGCUCCACAAAGAACUCAAGGCAGUACCCUACAAACAGCGCCUCUACUGGGGUUUCUUUGACGGAAGAGCAACUCCGCAUAAGAAAGGGGUGUGGAAGGAGAAUGAAUGGGUCUUGUGCGAUCAUUAUGUGCCAUAUGCAUUAGGUGGAGGCUAUGUUCUCUCUUCGGAUUUAGUGACAUUUGUAGCCGUGAACUCCAAGUACCUCAAGCUAUACAAAAAUGAGGACGUAUCGCUAGGGGUGUGGUUGGCCUCAGUUGACUUGCAUCGAGUUCACGACACAAGAUUCGACACAGAGUAUGUUUCUAGAGGCUGUAACAACGAGUAUUUAGUUAGUCACAAACAGAGCACCCUGCACAUGCGUGAAAAAUUUAAUUCCUUAAAAGCCACUGGACUUCUCUGCAAGGAACAGUUCCAAGUGCGUAAAUCCUAUAAAUACAAUUGGAACGUACCGCCGUCAAAGUGUUGUGUGCGCAAUGACUCAUCAAUCCCGUAGAGGAGAGACAAUGGUAGAAUCUUGUCAAACUUCCAUGUCUGUGCAAAAACAUAUAUUAGUUGGGCUGGUGAAUUUUUGUGAUAUCAGAACCACAUCAUUGUAUUUUAUUAUGCUGUAAUUUAAAUAAGAAAAAAAAACAUAUGCAAAAGUUGUGCCAUUCAAAAAACUGGUAAUGAUUGUAUAAUCUACUUAAAGAAAAGAUAUAGCACUCUAACUUUGAAAGAAAAAUACUAUACUAGAUUCAUCUCUUGCUGUAAACUAUAUAUAUAGGUGUGUGUGUGGGUAUUGUUUUUUUUUUUUGUGUGUGUGUGUGUGUGUGUGUGUGUGUGUAUGUGUGUGUGUAUGUGUGUGUGUGUGUGUGUGUGUGUGUGUGUGUGUGUGUGUGUGUGUGUGUGUGUGUGUGUGUGUGUGUGUGUGUGUGUGUGUGUGUGUGUGUGUGUGUGUGUGUGUAUAAAGUAUAUAUGUAAGUAAUUUUAUUUAUAAGAAAUAUAUAUUUAUGUAUUUCUUCUAGCUAGAUAUUCUUCAAGUUUGAUGAAAAUAUUUUGAUUCUAUCUUUAUUUUAGUGGCAGAUUUUGAGUUGCCAAAAGAUGCAUUUGUUUAAGUUCACCAGAAUAUUGUAAGAGGACUUUCAUUUUUAGUCAUCCUGUAAAUGUAAUGGCAGGAGUGAAGUAAGGUUUAUCACUACAUGAAGAAUGUACAAAACUUUCAUCACAGUGCAUUCAUUGGUUAUGAUAAGAAUAUUAUUAUAAUCUUUCUAUUUCCCUUUUCUUGAUUUUUAUUUUAGUUAUUAUGCAAAGAAAUAUCUUUUUGAAAAUGUAAUUCUGUCUUUAUUUUUUUUUUACUUAUUUAUACACAAAUUGUCUCAUUCCAAAAAGCAGGUUGCCUUUAUUGUUAAAUCUAGAUUUUGGAAAAAUAUCAUCUUGCAUUACAAAGGAAUUCAAGCUAGGCUUUUAAGUUUCCAGAAUAUGUUUUUUUUUUUCCAUGUGUAUGAUUUCUAGAGAUAAGAUUCUAAGGAAGUGGGUUAGUGUGAUGAUUGCAUGUUGAAAGCUUAAAGAAAGUGAUAUUGACGAGCCUAUUGUUAAAAAGUCUCACGGGCAAAGAUUCCACAUCCAGAGCAGGACUUAGGUAUGUGCUUUCGGUUGCCAGUGUGGUUGACUGUGUUUUCAUGACUGGCUAAGGGUCCUGUUAUUCCAUGUGCUGAAAGGUAGUGAGGGAAGGGCAGGUUUGGAGUGUGCAGCCUCAGGGUAGUGUUUUUGUGUUUGUUAUUAGUGUUUUAUUACUAGUCUUCCAACUGGUUUGGUGUCUAAAUGAUCUUUUUGUUUCCAUGACACUUUUAGGGAACUAAUUAACCCAUUCAUAAAGCGUAAAUUUUUUUUGAGUAAGUCUGAUUCAUGGCUGGACUGUCCCCAGAGGUAUCACCCAGACCACUGAGAUCUGGGCUCAUGAUAUAAUAUGUCACCAUGCAUUACUGAAAUUUUCACCAUAGGGUAGGACAUCACUUGGUGUGAAUGGGUUACAGGAAAAAAUGGCUUUUAUUUCUUAUAUGCAUUUGUAAGAUUGUUCCAAUUAUACAUCAUGCUCUUGAGUGAUCUGGUCUUCGUGUGAGCUAUUUUAAUAACUUCAUUUUUAAAUCAAUGGAUUACCUUGUAUAGAGCUAAAGGCAGUCCCUUUACAGUACCACCUUGCCUGAUUAUACGCCUUACUAAUGUCAGCUGUUUUGAAGUCUUGUUUUACGAGUAACAUUUAAUUUGAAAGCAAGUGUAUGGUGAGAACUGUUGAAAAUUAAUUCCAUUUUCUCUUUCUUCAUGGGCAGGCAUGUUUUUUCC